CCCAUCCGUGAUUGGUCCGCCCCUCAGGUUAAACUUAAAAGCCCAGGUUACCCCAGAAAUCUGUAUCGCAUAAUCACGGUGACAAUGAAGCUGAAGAGCUGGGAUCCGUGGCUGGGCUAUGUGCUUGCGCUUCACUUCCGGACCCUAGUACUCUGGGGCGACUUUGGGGCCAUGGCACUGGACAAUGGCUUGGCGAGAACACCUACUAUGGGCUGGCUGCAUUGGGAGCGUUUCAUGUGCAAUGUUGACUGCCAGGAAGAGCCGGAUUCAUGCAUCAGUGAGCAGCUCUUUAUGCAGAUGGCAGAGCUCAUGGUCUCAGAUGGCUGGAAGGAUGCAGGUUAUGAGUAUGUCUGCAUUGAUGACUGUUGGAUGGCUCCCCAAAGAAAUUCAUUAGGCCAACUUCAGGCAGACCCUCAGCGCUUUCCUGGAGGGAUCCGCAGACUAGCUAAUUAUGUCCACAGCAAAGGACUGAAGCUAGGGAUUUAUGCGGAUGUUGGAAAUAAAACUUGUGCAGGCUACCCUGGGAGUUUUGGACACUAUGACAUUGAUGCUCAGACCUUUGCUGAGUGGGGAGUAGAUCUGCUAAAAUUUGAUGGUUGUCACUGUGACAGUAUAAAGCAUUUGGCAGAUGGUUAUAAGUACAUGUCCUUGGCCCUGAACAGAACUGGCAGAAGCAUUGUAUACUCCUGUGAGUGGCCUCUUUAUAUGUGGCCCUUUCAUAAGCCUAAUUACACAAAAAUCCGACAGUACUGCAAUCACUGGAGAAAUUUUGCUGAUGUUUAUGAUUCUUGGGAAAGUGUGAAGAGUAUCUUGGACUGGACAUCUUCUAACCAAGAGAAAAUUGUUAAUUUUGCUGGACCAGGGGGUUGGAAUGACCCAGAUAUGUUAGUGAUUGGCAACUUUGGCCUCAGCUGGGAUCAGCAAGUAACUCAGAUGGCCCUCUGGGCUAUCAUGGCAGCUCCUUUACUCAUGUCUAAUGACCUCCGACACAUAAGCCCUCAAGCCAAAACUCUACUUCAGGAUAAAGAUGUGAUUGCCAUCAACCAAGACCCCUUGGGCAAGCAGGGGUACCGCCUUAGAAAGGAAAACAACAUUGAGGUAUGGGAACGACCGCUCUCAAACUUAGCCUGGGCUGUAGCUAUGACAAACCUACAGGAAAUUGGUGGACCUUGUUCUUACAUCAUCUCAAUUGCUUCCCUGGGUAAAGGAGUGGCCUGUAAUCCUGGUUGCUUUAUCACACAGCUCCUCCCUGUGAAAAUGGAGCUUGGGUUCCAUGAAUGGACUUCAAGCUUAAAAACUCGUAUAAAUCCCACAGGCACAGUUUUGUUUCGGCUAGAAGCAAAAAGAAGACUGCAUCAAAAAGCUUAAAUGUACUUUAAGUUGUAUACUUUCUCCAAAGUGACAAGCCCACUUUUCUAUUUUUUUUCCUCCAUUUCCACUUUAAAAAGCUCUGUUUCCUUGAAUAAAAUUUCUCAAAGUUGGAAGUUUAAAAGAGCUACUUCAAAAGUUAUUCUAAAAAGAGAAUUGUUUGGAGAAGGGCUUAAAACUAAUGCACUAAGAAAUAACAGCCAUAAUUCAUUGGAUACUUCUGUGCCAGAUUCUAAUAAAUGCUUUCAAGGUGCUGAUUUAUUUUAACCCUCCGUCCUGAAGUAGGCAGUUAUUCAUUGUACUACAGAACCUGGACUUAAACCCCAGCUGUUAAUCACUACUGCCAAACAAGGUACUUGGAUGGUUCUACUUAUAAUUUCAGUGCAAAUGGAAAAUAAAAUCUGCUGUCUCAGUAAGACAAGA